AGGUAGGUACAACCAAAACUCAGAAAAAUCACUUAGCAAUUUAGCUCUCAGACAGACUCCUGACACCAUGGCCUGCUGCUCCACCAGCUUCUGCGGAUUCCCCAGCUGCUCCACCAGUGGGAACUGUGGCGCCAGCUGCUGCCGCCCCAACUGCUGCCAGACCGGCUGCUGCCAGCCCAGCAGCUGCCAGGAUAGCUGCUCCCAGCCCAGCUGCUGCCAGACCAGCUGCAGCCAACCCAGCUGCUGCCAGACCAGCUGCUGUGGCUCCGGCUGUGGCUCUGGGAGUGGAAUUGGAGGUGGCCAGGGUGGAGCCAUGAGUUACCGCAUCAGGUGGUGCCGCCCAGACUGCCGCGUGGAGGGCACCUGCCUGCCACCCUGCUGCGUGGCGAGCUGCACACCCCCCACCUGCUGCCAGCUGCACCAUGCCCAGGCCUCCUGCUGCCGCCCAUCCUACUGUGGACAGUCCUGCUGCCGCCCAGCCUGCUGCUGCUCCAGCUGCCCACCACCCUCCUGCUGUGAGCCCACCUGUUAAGAGCCAACCUGCUGAUUACUUAAAAAUGGAAGGGGAAACAAGGGAAAACUAUGUUCUUCUCUGAAGAAGUAUACCAUUUGUUGGAUGCUAAGUAUCAUGAUGUUGCUAAGCUACUCCUAAAUAAUGGAACUCUUGGUCAGGACCCCUAAGGAAACCACAUAUGGAUCAUCAUGCACUGGAGACCCUGCCUGGCUUGAACAGGUCUCCAGAAUGGGGAAGCUCCUCAUCCAACAACACCUCAGCACUCCUCCCCAUUUCUCUAUCCCCACACAUCUUCAGACCUGCUUUCCACUGUGACUUCUAAUAAAACGUUAUAAUGUCCAA